CUCGACCAACUUGAUAUUUACCACAAGACCCUCAUACCAUCCAAGAGCUACACCUCUCGAGUACACCAACACACCCCAUUUCAAGGGCCGAUUGGAAGCGGUCCCUAUGUCUUCCAACGUGUAAACAAUAAACCUCACAGAAUGGCUCUUGUUCGAGACCCAGCGUUUUGGAGGCGCUUCUCACGCGCCAUCCAUUUAGACGAGGAAGCAAAGGCUUCAAAGACGGAAAACAAGAGCGUUGUUAUUUACUCGGAUGACUGGAUUCUGAAGCAACGCAAGAAACGACGUCGAUGGAUCUGUUGUGGCUUCUUGAUAUUUGCAGCGUUUGCUAUAGUGGUUGCCGGUGCAGUGGUGGUUCUUUGGUGGUUCCAUUCUCACAACUGGUUACGCAAGUCGUAACACGCCAGGAGGACCGAUACUGGCGGUAUAUCAACUUGAAAUUUGUGUCACGAUUGCCUGGUGCAUGCUCACUUAUACGGGUCCCGGUUCUAUGU